CCCGGGCGAGUGCGUAGCUACGAAGUUUGUCAGCUCUGAGGCACCGUCGUGGCUUUGACACCGGCCGGGUGGGCUGGGCUGGGCGGCUGAAGCUCGGCUCAGUUUAGGACAUCCUGAUGGCUGCGGUAUUUCUGGUAACGCUGUAUGAGUAUUCGCCGCUUUUCUACAUCGCGGUGGUCUUUACCUGCUUCAUCGUGACCACCGGCCUGGUAUUGGGAUGGUUUGGUUGGGAUGUUCCAGUAAUUUUGAGAAAUUCAGAAGAAACCCAGUUCAACACAAGAGUUUUCAAAAAGCAAAUGAGACAAGUCAAGAAUCCUUUUGGCUUAGAGAUCACUAAUCCAUCUUCAGCUUCAAUUACAACUGGCAUAACUUUGACAACAGAUUGCCUUGAAGAUAGCCUCCUGACAUGCUACUGGGGGUGCAGUGUUCAAAAAUUAUAUGAAGCUCUGCAGAAGCACUUUUAUUGCUUCCGAAUAAGCACUCCCCAAGCCCUGGAAGAUGCUCUGUACAGUGAAUACCUCUAUCAAGAACAGUAUUUUAUUAAAAAGGACAGCAAAGAAGAAAUAUAUUGCCAGUUACCAAGAGAUACUAAAAUUGAAGACUUUGGUACAGUGCCCAGAUCUCGCUAUCCAUUGGUAGCACUGUUGACCCUAGCUGAUGAGGAUGACCGAGACAUUUAUGAUAUUAUUUCCAUGGUGUCAGUAAUUCAUAUUCCUGAUAAGACUUAUAAACUUUCCUGUAGAAUAUUGUAUCAAUAUUUACUCCUGGCUCAAGGUCAAUUUCAUGAUCUUAAGCAACUUUUCAUGUCUGCAAAUAAUAAUUCCACUCCCUCCAACAAUUCCUCUCCAGAAGAACAAAGCAGAGAGCGCAGUCUGCUGGAAAAGGCCGGGCUGUCCGAGAGUGAAGCGGAGCCUCCGGAGGAGAACAGCAAGGACUGUGUGGUUUGCCAGAACGGAACUGUGAACUGGGUGCUCCUGCCCUGUCGACACGCAUGCUUGUGUGACGGCUGUGUUCGGUAUUUCCAGCAGUGCCCCAUGUGCAGGCAGUUUGUUCAGGAAUCCUUUACCCUUUGCAGUCAAAAGGAGCAAGAGAAAGACAAACUGAGAGCUCUUUGAGAGUGUUGUUAUGACUGAAGAGUAUGCUUUCCACUGAAGAUGUAGAAAUUUGUAUCCUUGGAAUUAAUCAUAACAUGGAAUCUACUGUGUUGACCAUCGAUGAAAAUUCUAUUUUAACUUCACGUUUGUAUGGUACAUGGAUGAUGAAAAUGAAUUCCUUCCUGUUCGGUAUGAUAAAUACUGGAAUACCAUCUGUGUUAAUACAUAAAAAUUCAUUCAACUC